AUCCCCCAAUUAGAGAACUGGCUCCCACGCAAGAUUGUGUUUUUAAAUUGUUUUUCAUUUGCUAAUUUAUCAAGUGCAUUUAAUUUUUAUUUGAUUCCAGGAAAGACCAGUGGUAUUCUUCCUAAUCUCGAUACACUUCAGUUUCGCAAUGGUCCUUCGUUUGUGUACGCGAAUCAAAGCUUUGGUUGGCAGCAGUUCUGUGUUCUUUAUACAGAACCAGAAAAUGUUUCAAGCACUCGCUAUGACUGGGAUACAGUGAAUAUGGGAAGCUACUUGUUUCAAAACCCAGGAGAUCCCAAGAAUCAGCAGUCACCUCCGAUGGGCAUGCGUAGCGCUGUCCCCUUGGGUGGUCUCGGUAAGGAAAUGGCCUUUAUUGUCCAGUUCAGGGGCCCAUAACAUUUAUAUUAAUUUAUAGUAAAUUGAAUUUGAAUUGUCUACUUUAGCCGAACGUAGAUAAUCAAAGGCAAUAGUUUUUAACUCAACAAACGACAAUUUAACUACUUUUUAGCUGGGUUUUUUUUUGCCCUUUUUCUAAUAAUAAUAAUGGGCGAAUUUGAACAUAAAAUGUGUGUUUGCCAUUGCUUUGAUUUCAAAUUGCCCCUUUUAAAUAACUUUGAAGCUCAAUGUGUUCAUAUUUGAGUUUCCCUAUUGAAAGCAAAAGAUUCCAAAACAUUGUUUUGAACAAAUACGGUUUGUCAGUAGAACUGUUGUUUUUUUCCGGGACACAUUCAAGGAGUAACUGAAGGUUUGAUGGUGGGAGGCACCGCCAAAAUGUUCAACUUCUUUUUUACAAAAACGGCCAUGUUAAACCAAACGAAACACCACUUUUAAAAUAGCUUCAACAAUAAUUUGCAUCCUUUUCUUAUACGACAAAAUGGUCGUAGGUUAUUGAUUCGUUUGUGCCCUCAGAAAGAUAGUAGCCAUAGGUUGGGUCGACUCAAGUAGGUAAAUUGGGUUCGGGACUUGUCAAGUUCAACCUAUGUACUGGAUGGGCCUUUAUUUCUGAAAGAAAAGAGAUAGGUCGUGAAAUUUAAGUCGACUACGUGUUGUCGAUGUUGUAUUCAUGAGUUAAUAAUAUGCGGGGCGUUUUCAGGCACAGGAUCCUUUGAACUCCGUGCAGAUGGUUCUAUUCACGAGUGGACAAUUGAGAACCAGUCUCCUGCAGGCUCAGCCAAACUUAACUACGCAGCACUGGAUUUGGCCGUGUUUGGUGUCCGCUUACAGAGCGGAACCAAAAGUAUAGCAAAGCUACUACGCACCCACCCUCCCAGCGGAUAUCCAGGUACCUUAUUAUGGCGCUUAGCAUUAGCAAGAUCUGGCCCGGCCUGGUCAAUCCAGUCAUGGAGAGAAUUCCUCUCAGCCAGGACCUUCCAGCAGUCUUUUUCUAAAUAAUGUGUAGGAAAUCGGUUUUUUAGCGAAAUAUUUCAAAAAAAAAUUAUUUCUGAUUUUCAAAAUUACCCGAAAGAUCAGUCCGGCCGGCCCGUUCUGACUUAUGCAAGUACCCAAUACUGCCGUCAUAGGCUUCACUUUCAUGAGAACGAAAUGGAUAAAAAGUUUUGCAGUUGAACAGUCUCCAUUUUAGUCCUUACAUAGUUUUGUCUAUUAUUAAAUACAACGCAGUUAGAUUAAAGUAACUCAAAAAUUAUUUAUGGUCUGCUUACUAGCGGUAUUCAGCAUUUUAAAAAACACCUAUCAUCCAUUUAUGUAGUUCAUUGUCAAAAUGUAUCUGUUAUGGAGCUUUUCAAAAUAGGCCUUUUUGACCUUUUUUCUUUGUUCUCAAACGUAACUUCAAAGAGAGGCGUAGCGUGAGGUUUUGAAGGUGUACGCACAGAAAGAAAGGUUGGACCUCUGAAGGUACUGCAAACUUGUGGCUCAGAAAUGCCAUAUCUUGCGUUUUCCGCAGGACAUUUUCCGUAAAUAACUAGGAAAGAAAAUGCAAUAUUUAGUUGUUUAAUUUACAUCUCUAGUGUUAUUGGUAAGGUGAAACGGUAAAAAAGGUAAAACAGUGACGCUAUCAAGAAGGUUACAUGCAAAGGACGAGAUGUCUACCCUUCAAACGGGCAAAGAUACCAGUGUAAGGCGAAAGAUUUACCAAUCAUCCCGAUUUAAUGAUAAAAAUGCUUUCAGGAAAUGAAAAAUAUAUUUUUUUCGAGAUUUAAGCUUUACGCACGGGGGUGUGUGCGUAUAUGGACACUACGCCCCUGUUAAGCUUAAUUGGUAAGAAAGAAAUAGCUCUGAAUGUGUAUGCGCGUUAGCUGGGGAGAGUCCAUUUGUCCCCCCACCACCGCCCCAUUCCCCACAUCGCGAGGCGUCUUAUUUUUGCUUCGCUUGCUUUAUUGGCUAGUUCAGGAAAGGUUCUAAGAGAAAAUUGUUGAAAUAAAUUUUUCAACGCUAAAAGGUACUUUUUAUCGCCGCAGGUAUCAACAAUGAAGUUGUGUGACUCUGUUUACAAGUACAAUAACUUGAAUAAACUCAUGGUUACUUUGUUUUGGUUUUAAACAGGAGUUGACUCAAUAGGCUAUUCUGGUUCGUAUCCAGUCUCCAAGCUAACCAUAGCAGACGAACAAUUCGGCGAAGUUGAACUUGAUUUAUUUGCCUUGUCUCCACUGAAGCCACGUGAUUCUCACACUUCCACCACUCCUGCCAUUGCCUUUACCUUACGAAUUAAAAAUCCGACUAAGCAAUUCGUACAAGUUUCUUUCCUUGUUAAUUUGCCCUUGGGGAUUCAGCCUGAUACCGCAAGGGAUGGCAAACCGGACAAAACCUUUAAAAAUGGAAACAUUACUCAGUGUUCACAAGCCUGUAAUCUAGACCAGCAAUGUUUCUCGUGGCAAGUAGAAACAAAAAGUAAGAUUUGCCUGUUGUUCUAUCAAGUACCACUUCAUGUAUGGAAACCUGGUUUUAUUUCUGGCCAAAAAGUCACGUGGACAGCUCAUGACUCGAUGCUAACGCUCAAUAGGUGUGGAAACCACCCUCAAAGCGGAAAUACCACUAUCUUGACUGACGAGAAAACCAAUUCGUCAUUCAUAGUCAGCAAUAGUUUUGAAGAAAUCUGGGAUCAAUUUGAGAAAUACGGCUACUUGGUACCCUCACUCAAGUCUUCCACGAGUGGUUUUUACGGCGCUGCGGCUGUCAACGUUACCGUGAUGCCUGGUAAAGAAGAAGUUCUGACGAUGAUUUUAGGCUGGUUCUACCCCAACAGAGAUUUUACAGGUGUGUUAAGAUAAUUAAAUCCCGGUAUUAGAGUCUCAAGAGGAAGUUUUUUCCUUAUAAAUUCCAAACCUAUUUUGCUGUCUAUUUGGAAUUCUUUGAAUCCCCACCCAGCGUAAACUAAAUAGAUUAAAUUGAACCUUGAAUUCUAAAACUUUAGCGGUUCAGGGGGCGUGGGUUCGUAUAGGAUGCUUCAGAUCGGCAGUAAGCAUAUAUUCACACAGUUCCAGUAGUACUUGCCCAUGAUGGAUUAAAGGAGGAACGAGAGUGAGAGAAAUGUAAAGACGAUUUAAUUCUUGUUUUAGAUAUAAAUCGCAGUUAUUUUCCUCCUGUCAUGUGGUAAAUGCGGUGAAAGCGAAGUGGCAUGUUGUGAGAAUAUUUGGAAAAAGCCACGAGAAUAUAUUCAAGCAGGAAGCGGACAGCUUUUAUUACCAACAGUAAAAAAUGUUCCUGAUCAGUAAAAUCGAAUACUAUAUAGUAAAUCAGGCUGUUAGGCCCAUCCCUACCUCGAUAGACAUAUGAAAUAGUGUUUUGUAAUUGGAGAAUUUGAGACGCUUAUUUGCAAAUGUCGUGUUUUUCUGGCUUAUGAAAAAAGUUAGUUGGGUUAGACCCAAAAGCUUGCCGCCUGGUAUGGUUAAGAUGUUAAAUAUCCCCCUUCCGAUUCAGCGUUUCUUUUGUUAAGAAGAUUUUUGUAUCCGGAUUCCGUUUAAUUUUUUUGUUGUUUCAAAGCAAAGUAGCUCUACGUUUCUCGAUAGUUUACAGAGCCGAAAAACUUUUGUUAUUCUUACGUUUUUCUUCAUUCAGGGGAGAUUAUCGGCAAUUACUACAGUAACCUCUUCGAGUCAAGCGAGGAUGCAGCCUUGUUCCUUUUAGAUAAUCUUUCUCCGGCUUUGAAAGCCAUCUCCGCGUGGCACUCGUCAAUGAUUCUCGACAGCGAAGAUGACUCGGUCCAGACCCUCCCAGUGUGGCUACAGGAUGUGUUGGUGAAUGGCUUGAGUUUCUGGCGCAGUGGACUCUAUCUUCGUGAUGGAAGGUGGCGUCAGUUUGAGGCUCUGGACUGCAUUGAUGUUGAUUCGGUUCACAAUGACUUUCAGCGGGAGAUUCCAUACGUUUUAUUUUAUCCCGACUUAGUCAAGAAUGUUAUGCGAGCAUGGGCAGAGUUCCAAAGUGAAGACGGCUUUAUUAGUGAAACACUAGAGGGCGGGUGCAUGUCCCCCACAGGAAAAAUGGACAGGUUAGUAUUGGUGUUAACGUUAAGGCCGGGAGGGAGGAGAGACCAAGGAUGACCUCUGUUCGCAAUGAACUUUGGUCCUGUUGGCAUAAGAGACAAGGACUACUGCUCGAUGACAUUGUCUCGAUUUUACGACGACGAGAGCUCAGUCUGAGAUUUUUAGAAUCCAGGCUGGAUUAUGAGAAUUUGAGAAUUUAGUUUAGACUGGAGAAAAGGCAAACUCGCCCGCCAGAGCAGACGUAUUUCCUUUAGUCACUUCUCUGAGCCCGAACUUUUCAGUUUUUCCUACAGGCAAACACAAAAGAGAAUUAUGAGCUUUCUUCGGCAAACACGAACAGGCCGUUUGUAGAAAAUACCGGGCUAUAGUCUGGAGUUUCGCUGGAAUGGAGAAUGUCAAAAUGUAAACUUGUUGGCAUGUGUUGUCUGAAUUUGAAUCAGUACUUCACUCCAGUAGUCCAUAUACACAUUUCCGAACUUACUUAGAAACCUUCACCUUCAAAAUCAGAGCCAAAAGCAAAACCCUUCAUGUGAAAAUGAGUUUUAUUUGCAUGAUACUAAAAUAUUUCGAACUUCCUCUCGUUUUGAAACGGUGCGACCGACCCCUUGGAUGACCCUCAAGUGAGCCGGUCUGUAUCGGUAUUUGCCUCGCUCCAAACAUUAAUUUUAAGUAAAGCUCUGUUGCCCCUUUCACAGUCCUCCGCCAAAGUCACGGAUUAUGGGUGACGUCACUACAGUCUUCGUUGUAGAAACAUAUCACAUUUUUCUGUGGACCAAUGACAGUGCCUUCUUAAAAGACAUGUGGCCGCACGUUGUUAGGGCAGUUGACUGGUUGAUUAAAGUGGGAACAAAUGGCACUGGUUUACCUUACAGACAGCAGUGCACGUAUGAUAUCCUUGGUCUGAAUAUCUAUGAUCACACUACUUUUAACAGUUUUAUGUAUAUACUGGCUUUACGAGUGGCGCAGGAGUUGUGUAAAAUUAUGGAUGACUCAUAUCUGCUGAAAGAGGUUAAUAUCGCGAAAGAACACGCCAGCUAUCGGAUCUUAAAGGAAAUGUGGAGUGAAGACGAUGGUUAUUAUCAUGCCUGGUGGGAUGCAGAGAAAGGUUCACCAAAAUGGCUGAUGAGUGAUUCACUGUACGCUCAGGUUUGGGCUUACACUCUGGGGUUAGGACACUUGGACGAUCCAAGCAGGUAAGGAUGGGAUAUUUUUAUGGUUGUGAACUAUUGGAUGUCAUCCAAUAGUAGUAUAAUACGUAGUUAGAGUUAGUAAUCAUUAACUGGCCAUAUCGUGUGUUUGCGUGAGCACACGUGCUUUGUUAUCAUUUCGAAGCAAUCUUAGUCAUACGGCAUUUACAUUUUUUUUUUCGUUUAAUUGAAAUUCUCAUUAUGCCUCCUAAAUGAGCUAGCAAAAGAUUUACAAAACCAUCUACCCCUGACAGCAGUUGGCUCUCCAAAUUUUGUCGAUCCAACGAAAUCCCAGAAGAUGUCAUGGACGUAUUAGCUCAUCACAACCAGAUAACGUCAAAGUCGUUUUAAGGUUGGGAUACUUUUAUGAUUAGUUAAACGCCUCUAAUCUAUUCUAGUUCCUCAGUCUGUGUACACCGCUUCCUGUUCUUUUUAAAUAGGGACUUUAAGAUUGAACGACGCGACGACAACGAGAACGUCGCUUAAAAAGUGAAUUUGCGUUCUUUCAGUCUUUAUAGCGAUCAUUCCUACCCACUUACUUUGUCAAAUGUAGGCGAACCCUCCUGAAGCUAAAUUUCAAAUGACCAUAUCCAAGCUCAGAAAGAGAAGUACAAUUUCGUCGUUGCUUGUUUACGUCCUCCAUAAACGCCAAAUAGGGCAUUUUCACGUCCUAGUCGUGCAAAAACGGGAAAGAAAUGUACAAAAAAGUGUGGUGCACGUGCGAAGUAGUUGUUUUGCUUAUUAAAGCUAUCGUUUUUUUUUUUUGCCUUCUCGUUACCGUCCGCGUCGUUGGAUCUUAAAGUCCCUAAUACAGGCACCGAGAUCUGAAUAAUUCUUCAUGUAGUACGAAAGCCGACUUCAUUAAUCGUUUUAUUCAUUCAAAAUAUUUCCAAGCUCAAAACAUGCUUACCUCCACGUAAAGUUCCUGUCUUCAAAAUAUUUGCUUGAUCCUGACCACGUCAGUUUCAGGAAAUGAAGGGGUAAUUUUUUGUAGAAGAUAUUCUUGAUAUCGCAGUUAUCAUCCGUCGAACGGUAUUUUUGUCUUUUCUUGCUAUAAUUUGGGUAUUAUAGUUCAUAAUGUAACGUAGACCGUGCGCAUCCAUUAUUUUUCUUCAAAGUUAGUGGGCGAAGCCGCGAAAAGCGAGAACCGUUGGCCUACUCACCCUCCGCGUCUAUCCGUUCACACAUCACCGGUCGCGUGCGUGGGAAUUUUUUUCUCGCACGUGUUUCGUUCAAAGAACCAAGAAAACAGAAGGUCAGCCUGUAUUAUAAUGCAGCAAGUCCAAUUUUACAACAUGUUUGUGAUUCUGUUUAGGAUUAAAUCACAUUUGAUGAAGGAGUUUGAAAUUAACAAUACCCCGUAUGGUCUACGAGUGAUGGCAACUGACCCACCCACUAACAAGAGCGUGGGCUCAUGUCCCAAGGAUAUUAAAACCGAGGAAUUAAACGCCCGGGUAGCCAAAUACGAGUCGAUUUGGAUGGGUGGCAACCCAGAUUGGACAGCUCUUCAGCUACAUUUAGGUAAGACGGCUGACACACUAUUUGAACAUGUUAGAUAUUUCAGAGUGUUUUCAAAUGUAUCUAGUAAAGAAAACAGUUUUAUGUAUAUAAAACCGACAAAUGCCGACGGAAAUGGUGUCUCUUACGUCUUAAUACGUGCAAACUUACAAAUUUUGUCAACCUUCUAUAUUCACGUUUAUGAUUGGUAAUGAUGAUGAUGAUGAUGAUGAUCGACAAAAGUGUAGGUGUUAAGCAUUGUAAAUAGAUAUAAAGUGACGCCUUAUUCGUUAGACAGAUCUUUGCUUAUGUUAUGAAUUUUCCAUUUCAGGCUUUAACCCUCAAAAAGCCUUGCAGCAAACAGAGCAAGCCAUCGAGCAUGUGCGUUCUAACCUCAACGAUGAGUGGAACUUUCAUGGACUAUACUCGGGGACUGGGUACGGACUUGAUGGUCUCCCAUGGUGCACCUCGCAUUAUGCCUUCCACAUGGUGCUGUGGCACAUCCCUUUUGCACUUUCGGGGCAGGCCUUCUCGGCGCCAAAUGCCACACUUUUAUUCGACCCUAAAUUUCCUUGUCCAUACACAGUUCCUUUCUACACUCCUUUCGCCAUAGGAACUUUAAAAUGCGCUCUUGUCCAGAAAAACCAUAACCAUCAACAUAUAAAUAAGUUUGAAAUUUUGUCAACCUCGGGUGACAUAUUUCUGCAACAACUUGAGGUCAGCGGCAGUCGGUAUCCGACCAAAGUUAUGCUUAAACAAGGCAAUCCAGUCACUUGGAUGUCGAGCUGUGACUAG